AUGCGAAGAAGACGGAGACCACAGGAACUGCUGGCAGUUUUGACGUUGACGGCAGUUCUAAUGGACCGGAUACAGGGACAGGGAAAUGGUGAAGCUUUGACGUCGAUGGCCAAUGCAGUGGCACGGGAUACGACGUUAGCAGAUGACUGCUCGGCUUGCUGCGUGACCGGCACGUCGCCCGCGUCUACUCCAAGUGCGAUCUUAGCUGGAGGAGACCCGGACUUGUCACUGGUCUGUUGCAACGAGCAACAGCCACGAGACCUCUUUGGCACGGCACACGGCGAGUGCAGUGGCUUGCCGUGCUGUGAGUAUAGUGGUCGGAAGGCACAGAACCGCCAGGCGUGGUACCCGUGCGUAGCCUUCCCUACCUGUCAGCGCGAUGCGACGAAACAGCCUUUUUGCACGGGCCAGGACCUCUGGGACUAUACAACGGGGUACAAUUGGACUUGUAUGGAUGAAUGCUGCAAUGGACUAGUGCUGGACUCGAAUGUCUGGCGCGGCAUUGAAAACAAUUUCCCAGGACAAACGAACGCUACAUUCGGUGUCAGUGUGGCACCCACCGACUUUUUAGAUGUGUUUUACCCUACAGGCAUGGACGGACAGAUCUACACGGUACACCAAAUUAUGCUGGCCAGUCCCCCUGGCUUUGCGUUUACAAAUGGAUGCUCGUGUCACUUGGCACGACCACCGAACUCAUCGGCGCAGGCUGAGAGACAGAGCACAACAUGCGAGGUGUCGGCUUUUUUGAACGAAAACCGGACAUACUUGACGGUUGACAUUACAGAAGAAUUUCGGACGAAUGAGACGUUUGUGUUUAUUUUUGAUGGCGUCGUGACGCCAACGGGAAUUUUUGAUACCACCGCAACGAACGUGACGUACUCGACGAACUCGAACCUCACGCCGGUGUUCUUUAUUUUCAAUGACACGGAAAAUACAGUGUUUGACACCUAUGUUCGCGUCACAGACUUGACGAGUGCAACGCUGUCAAGUGGUUCUUUUUACCCGGAAAAUAUCUACCCGGGAAACUCUGGCAACGCUAGUCUCACCUUCUACACGGAAGCCAAUAUCCCGCAGGGCAGCUUCAUUACGAUAAAAUUCGGAUCCAAGUGGGGAUUUACUGCUGAUGCCGUAUGGUACUGGGAGGCUCAUCAUCCAGUGUCAUCGAUUAACAGCGAUUUUCCAGCAUUAGUGGCUCUCAGUAUGGAUCCAGCAGACAGCAGGGUCAAUAACUUUGCGUCAGCGUCGUACUCGUCUUCAGAUAACUCCUGGAUACUGGUCGCGGACGAACCUUUUCCGAUCGGCUGGGUUAGUCUCGGUGUGGAUACAGUGAAAAAUCCGUCUGUAGCUUAUUCAGGGUUGGACGCCAUCACUAUAAACGUCCGCAGUCCCCAAGACCUUUUAAUUAUCGAUGGGACAAUAUCGGCCAUUUCAGUCUACUUGUCAUCGGGUGCUACUGCCAGCCCAUACAACUACGUAACAAUGGUUGUACUCGUGGGAUCCCUCGCAUUUUGCUCGGUGGCGAUUCGGAAGAACGGGCUGUCAUUUUCGCUGGGCUCCAUUUGGACCGAUAUCACUGCUAUCUGUACUGUGCUGGCGUUGGCCACAUCCAUUUUGAACAACUGUAUGUGGUUUUUCAGUCACAGCAGCGCUUACUUCUACAUCAUGCACGUGUAUUUGUGCUUCACGUUUACGAUGCUUACAGCGGUGUGCUUUCACUGGGGAACAGUGCUGAGUUUACGUCUACGAAAAUUGCCGAAGUUCACUACGUCAGUGGCGUUCGUUCUGCUAAACAUGCUCUUUUACGCGCUCCAGAUUUGCUACUUACUCACUUACAAGACAUUGAUUUCGCGUGUGUACGACUCGGAGAACGAUGUCACGACACUCGCAUAUCAACAGUGCAAUGAAGACGCCGACACGCCUGCUACCGUCUUUUCCGAAAUCCAAGGCUAUUUGUGGGCAUGCUACGCUGAAGAUGACCACAGCUUUUUCCUGGCGUCCACUUCAGUCACUUACGGCAUCUUUCUUGUGCUGACGUUUGUAGUCAUGGCAUUGGGUGUGAUGGUCAUGCGUCGCGGCAAGCUGUUGCUUGGUAAUGCAUCGGGUCCACAUGAAGUUGUGCUGAUCAAGGCGUUGCGUCUAUACUAUACGCUUAUAGGUAUCGUCACGCUCGUGUAUCUUCUGUCAUGGAUUGUUCAGAUUAUUUCGCGAACCACGCACGGGAUUGGGUACCCGUGGUUUUACAUCUUUACGGUCUGGUUGCCGUGCUCCAUUCCUCCGUGUUGUCUAAUCUUCUUGCAAUGGAACGCUACCGCACAGUCUCUACGUGACGCCAGCCACGAGAUGCCUAGCGACUGCAGUCCUAUGUCGGAGUCGGCCUACGCGGAGAUCCGAACGCCGAGCUUCACUUUCAGUACGACGGAUCGGUGGACGGAAGCUUCAUUGGAAAAGAUUGAAGAGAUUGUGGCAAGAGGAGAAACUACGGUCGAUGAGUUGUCGAGCACGCUUUUCCAGAAGGAUUCGUCGAUUUCGCCAGCUGGCGACUAUAUCGGUCUCUCCAUGUCGCUGGAAAUGAACGAGGAUUUUCCUCACGGCUGCUUCAUUGCCAUUCAGCGAUUGGAAGAUGAGGAUGGACGAGACAGCACGCCGUCUGCAUGGCGGCAAAUCAGCAAUACUGAUACGGUAAUGGCAAACGUGAAGGAUAUAGCUCCGAGUGUACUGCCCUACCAACAACGAUACGUGUACACGUUCCUGUCAGUGCCACGCAUCCCUGUCGGUGCUUGUGCCGAAAAGAUUCGCAUGGUGGUGUACGCGCUGAAUUCGGCUCCUGUUUCAGUGACCCACGAGCACCAUUCUGAAAUGACAGCUGCUAUGGUGUUGGCUGCUAUUGAGCGCACGCAAAGCACUCGCGGCUACGACGACGAAGACGGUGAUAGCCAAUAUACACUGGACUCGUCGCUGGUCGAGACAGAGGCGUUUAACGGUUUCCAAAGCUCACGGGUUAUCGACGAACUUUUUGAGAUGGAAUCACCGGAAUCUAUCGGGGAUGGCGACUCUGGAAGAAGCAUGUCUGACUUCAACUCGGGGUCUUCACUGGUGCCUAAUAGUCUUAAAGUGGUCGCAGAGUUUACGGUGUCCACGAGCACUUUAGCGACAGCAGGCGUGCGGACGGAGCAAACAGCUCUUACUGCCACAGAGGAUUCUUACAAACACUUUGGUCCAAAUGCAGCACCGCCAAAGCUGUUGGUGAAUACUGUGAUUCCCAAGUCGGCGGGUGCCAAAUACGGCUUCAACGGUGUCGAGGGUGGCCUCCAUGCAGCAGCACCGGCAGUCAGCAAGCAGUAUCACAUUCGUGAACAAGGCUUGUUGGUUGUAGAAGAUCUCACUGAAAGCCGCUUUAGCAACUGGAUACCACGACAGAUUCUGGAGAUUAUUAUUCGGUACCGCACGAAAGAGCUCCUCAUUGCCGAAAACGAUCUUGCGCGUCUUGAAGCGUACGACCGUCUGCGACUGAAAGGAUCAGACCGUGGCAUCUAUGAAAAUUUGAUCCAGCAAAUUCAGGAUGAUGGUGAUUUAAAUCGGUGUCGAGAGUGGAUGCUUCACCGGUGUCACGAGCGUAAGGAAUACGUCGAUCUUCUUCGUCAACUCCGACGCGUGUACGUGCUCCGUGAUCAAAGUAAAAAGUACUUCAAGGCCAGCACAGAGAAGAAGAGUGCACAGCUGCGGUUUCUCCCGAUCAACUUGCAUCUGCAAGAGAUGUGGGUUGGCAAUGCGGACGCAGUGGCACGAACGAGUAUGAGAAGCAACAACCUGUGCGAUACCAAUGCGAAUGCGGCCGUGUACGAUAUCGUGACAGUAGGUGCCAUGGCAGCACACGUGUACAAGUUCAAAAACGGCGGUAUUUUUGGUCUGGAAGAGGCGCAUGCAAAGCUGAAGCCUCGAAUACGAGCACCACAGGGCUCGACUGCUGCUCAUCAGCAACUCCCACUCUGGACAGAAGAUGAGCAGAAAGCUGAUGACAUGGAGUGGGUACUUGGUAAGCGAAUGGAUGUGUGCUUUCCCCAAGCCGUGGCAGCGUUGGUCACUGCGUUCACCCGCAAAAUCGAUUUGGCCUUGCAGCAUGCACGGCCGGAGCAGGGUCAAGCCAUGCUGAAGCAGCUCAGCAAAUUGGGCUUCUUAUUUAAUGUGGAGAGUUUGGUCUCGACGCACGGUAACGAGGCGGGGAUGCUCGAGGAUAUGGCUGGUGCAGUGAAUGAGCUGCGGAACGUUCGUUUCAUCUUGGUGACCGAGCAGGAGGAACUCGGCGAGACGGAUGAGGAGGCCAGUAGUAAUAAGUCACAUCGGUCUGUGUCGUAUCAUCUCGAGGAGGAAUUUAAGCAUAGUCCAUCGUCAUCUGAUCCUUCCGAAGCAAGUGGCAGUUUCCGAAACGACACAAGCGGUGGUGAUGAAGGAAAAGGGGACUUGAAGGGGAAGCAUUGUCCGCCCAUGCAGUUGAAGUCGUCCGAGUCUGUCGCGUCGUCCAGUUCGACAAAUGUGACGGCUUCGACCGGCAUCAGCGGUGUGAUUGACGUGGAUGUCUUUACCAGUAUCGAUGAUGCUCUCUCUGAAACGUGCUCUGCGGACGCAGUGAAUUUCGAGAGUACCGACCGAAGCUCGGCGGCAAGGGACCACGUGGCAUCGUCCCGCUCAUCGUCAUUUAGCGGUGUUGGUCAGCGGCUAUUGAGUACGUUCAUUAAGGCGCGCAACCAUCGACUGCUCGGUGGACCUGGUGGGAAUCGGGUCAACGUGCAGUCGCUCGCUCCAGCAUCCGUCGAUCGACUGUUCCCGUUCACGCAUUUGGUCAUUCGGAUCAAAGUGCGCCUUGGAAAGGGCAAGCUGACGAAAGCGCUUCGUCACGGUCGGCCUAUCAAGGUAUGUCCCGUGUUGUUUACACAAGGGAUCAACGAAAAGCAGACACUGGCCAACAACACGGGAUCGUCCGUGACCCGCCUGCAGGAUGUGAUCAAUGCCAAUAGUCUCAAGUCCCUGCGCAGUUACUGCGACCGCUACUGCAAUUACACCUCUGCACGUCAAGUCCACGCACCACCUCCAAAGCAGGGACGCCAGCGGAAUAAUUCCACUAGUCGUGUUCCCUCGACGCCACAUGGUUUCGGGUCUCCAUCUGCUAUGUCUCGGGACGAAAUCUUCCGCAUCCUGGGCGAGCUGGAGAAGCUCAUUGGUACAGCUGGAAGACAGGCUCGAAAGAAGCGUCCAGAGAUUCUGCAGCUGAGCUCGGACUUGUGUCGCCGCAUCUCGGGUGGACGCGUAACAGUCUGCAAAUCAGCGAAAGACCGAACCGGCAUGUCCGUCACGCUGGAACAGGGACGCAUUCUUGUCCAGAACCACGGUCUUCGCGAGCAGAAGAAGGCGGGCAUUGUCUCCGUCAUGCGUUCCGAGGGCGUGCGGAUAGAGAACGCGCUCAAAAAUACUGGCCGACGUGUGUUUGCCUUUAACGCCUUGCAGCGAUCACUGCUGCCUGAGGAAUACCGAUGUCCGCCGCAGACGAGUGGCCGCAACGUGUCGUAA